AUGGCGACCUUCAGGCAGCUGUCCUUGGGUAUGAAGGCCGCAGUGGCUGCUGGUACUAUCUUCUUAUCCAUGAUCAUCUCUCACUCCUAUCUGGCGGAGAUCCUGGAGCUCAGGUCCUGGCAUUGGCUGUUACAACUGCAGCUUGCCUUGUUUGUCAACUCACUUAUGCUCAUCGGUUCCCUCUACAUCUGGCGUAGCACCGUAAGCAACCUCUGUCACUCCCCAGCAGCCGAGUCGGCUUGGUUUCAGCUUUGGAAGAUGGCUGUUGUGACAUUUCUGGCUCUGGCCCACUCCAGUUUCUUCACCAUGCUCUUUUUAGUGGCAGAGGAGCCCUAUCUCUUUUCCUUGGCAGCCUAUUCCUGCCUCGGUGCAUACAUUAUCAUGGUCUUCUUCCUCUGUAUCCUCAGCGGCAUGGAGCAUGCCUACCAGCUCUUGGCCUGGCGCAGUGGCAGGGUUGUUGGCAGCCUUGACAAGACAAGGAAACUGGCACUCAGGCCUGCCCUGGCAGUGGUGGUGACUGCUGUGCUCAGUGUGGUUGGGUUCCUGAAUGCUGCCCAGCCUCCAGCCGUGAAAACUGUGGAGGUGCCCAUCCAUCAGCUGCCUCCCUCUAUGGACAACCUCAAGAUUGUACUCCUCUCAGACAUCCACUUAGGUCCCACAGUGGGCAGGACCAAGAUGGAGAUGUUUGUGAAGAUGGUGAACAUACUGGAGCCCGAUGUCACGGUGAUUGUGGGUGAUUUGUCUGAUUCGGAAGCCUCAAUCCUUCGACCAGCUGUUGUCCCCUUGGGUCAGCUUCGUUCGCGCCUUGGCACCUACUUCGUCACUGGAAAUCAUGAGUACUACACGUCGGAUGUCAGCAACUGGUUUGCACUGCUGGAAUCCCUGCAUGUAAAGCCCCUUCACAAUGAAAAUGUGAAGAUUUCUGCGACAGGGGCCCAACAUGGCGGUGGUGAAGAUGGCGACUGGGUCUGCUUGGCUGGAGUGGAUGACAUUGAAGCAGAUAUCUUGCGCUACUCUGGCCAUGGCAUGGAUCUUGUCAAGGCCCUAGAGGGCUGCAGUCCAGACCACACGACCAUCUUGCUAGCUCACCAGCCCCUGGCUGCCAAGAGAGCCCUCCAGGAGCGGCCAGAUAUCAACCUGAUCCUUUCUGGGCACACGCAUGCUGGCCAAAUCUUCCCCUUGAAUGUGGCAGCCUAUCUCCUGAACCCCUUCUUUGCAGGUCUCUACCGCGUGGCCCAGACUACAUUUGUCUAUGUCAGCCCAGGCACAGCUUACUUUGGGAUACCGAUGAGAUUGGGUAGCAGGGCGGAGAUUACUGCGCUCAUCUUGCGUCAUGCUCCCUGA